AUGUCUCUUAGUGCUUCGUGUGAGUCGGUAGCUCAGAAAAGGACCCUGUCGAGCCUCCUCGCUGGUCGUGUGGUAAAGAAGCCAAAGCAGGGAGAUGGUGAGCAGCUGCACAAAGCAGCAAUCCAGCUGCUGGAGCAACAUCAGGACCUCCGCAGCCUCUUCAGGGAAGUGGGGAGUACGGAGUCAUGCAAUGCUCAGCAGCACCCUGAAAAUAAAGCGAGCCAACGGACUGACGGCAUCUCCUCUGAGUUUUCAGGCUCACUUAUGGCGUGUGAGCUGCGGCGUCAGGCCGCGCCGCUGGGCGUCUCGGUCACGGUGCUGUCUGCGAAGGUGGUGCUGGAGAGACUGAGGGAGAUCACAGAGGGACCUGAGGAGGGGGAGCAAAACGAGGGGGGAGAGAUGCUUUCGUCCCCACACAGAGUCCAGCUGUGUGCUCUGAUGGAGUCCAGCAGGGAGCUGCUGUCACAGGGAGCCCUCUGCCCCAAACUGCUCUGGCAGGAGUACAGGAGAGAGCAGAGCUUUCCCAAGCUGGAGGUGGUGUAUUUCCUCCACUUCUAUAAUAUCUUGACUCUGAAGUACAUUUUAGAGAGUGAUGAAGGAGUGCGAUCGUGGCUGGUGCCUCAGCUGAAGGCUCUGUGUGGCUGGAUUCCACCUCAGGGAGAAGAGGAGAGCGAACGAGCUCAGCAGAAAGUGUUGGAAACUGUGGUUGGCGUCUUGGUGGGGACGGGGUUCAAUCCCACGACUCCUCAUAGGAAGAUUUCUCUGCUCUGCUGUUCGAUUCUGGACGACAUGCUGUUCUGGCUUUUGGACACCGUGGACACUGUCCAGCCUGCUGCAACAGGACCUCUGCGAUGGAUUAGGGUGUUUGAUGCGUCCCUGUGUGGAGCUUCAGCAUCGCCAGAAGCCCUCCAGCGUUUCUUCACACACUCCUUAACGCAGACUCUCACCUACAAGCCGCGGCUCACAGUGUCGGAUGCGAUCAGCCAGCAGAUAGAAUGGACUUUUGCCAAAGCCAGCCGCUCACUGACGUCUCUCUUCCGUAAGCUGUCGGCGAGCUGUGAAGUGGAGCAGCUUCUGAGUCACCUGCAGCAGGUCCUGGAGACGCAUGAGGUCAACUGGAAACAUGUCCUGUGCUUCCUCUCCACUCUGCUGGUUUACUAUCUGUCCUCUCAGACCUGUCUAAGAGAACUGCUGUCCAGGCUGCUGAGCUCUGCUUUCGAAGACUACGACCUGGAGAACCUGAUAACUGCCUUCUUGUUGGCUCGUCAGGGUGCGCUGGAGGGUCCUGCCGUCUUUCCCUCCUACAUUGACUGGUUCAAGAUGUCCUUUGGUGGCGGAACUGGCUAUCAUGCAAGCAGUAAGAAAUCGCUGGUGUUCUUGCUGAAGUUCCUCUCUGAUCUGGUGCCCUUCGAGCCUUCCCAGUACCUAAAGGUUCACAUCCUGCAUCCUCCUUUUGUGCCCGUUAAACACCGGAGCCUCCUCACUGAGUAUGUGUCUCUGGCUAAGACCAGACUGGCUGACCUCAAGGAGUCAGUGGAGGACAUGGGCUUGUACGAGGAUGUUUCUGGUGCCGGUGGAUCAGUUCAGCCUCAGUGCCAGGCUGCACAGGACGUGGGAAAGGCUGUUUCUCUGUUCGAGAGCACCGGCAGAAUCUCUGCCACAGUCAUGGAGGCCAGAGCUGACAAGAUCCCUGGUGCACAGUAUUCAUCCUAUCUGGACUCCUGUCUCAAACAAAGGCAGCAGAAUAAGGGCGCUGUGUGUUUGGACAGUAACGAUGAUCCUCUGGAGGUCCUGAAGGUUCAGCUGCAGGAGUUCGCAGAGCUGCUCGUGGGUGGAGAUGAUGGAGAGAUGUUUGCCCAGCUGUCCAGGGUCUCACACACUCUGGGUGUCAUCUUCCCCGGGCGUCCCGACGAGCUGAUCUCAGAACUGGUCCUCACACUGAGCACAGAAACAUCUCCGUCCGCUGAGCUGCAUGGAAAAGUUGUUAACAUGAUCCUGAGACACUUCUGUCAGUGCCUGCUGAACGCCUCCCGUGCAAACCCUCCUAACAAACAAAGCCUGUGGGCCUCCAGAUAUGUCAGCAUGAUAUUUGGUAACAAACAGCUCCUCUCCAGUGUCAUGAACAGACUGUGGGACUUGUUUCACAACCAGGGGUCGGCACUGAGCGCUGCACAUCUACUUGGUUUGGCGGCGUUCGUGGUCCACCUGAACGCCCUCAUGGCCCAAGGUCCUCUGGUCCGGCUGGUUCCACCUUUUAGCCUGCAGCCAGUAACGUUUGGGGAAGCUCUCAGCUUGGCCCUGCGGUGCAACACGGGGGCCGACAUGCUCUUCUGCGUCAGGCUCUGUGUGGCAGCUGUGUGUUACGGCAUCUGCAUGAGGGACUCGCUACCUCCAGAAGAGCCGCAGGAGUUCAUCCCCAACAGCCUCUUUAAGAGGCUUCUGUACCUCGUCCCACGGCUCAUGCCAGAGGCCAGAAGGUCCCCCUCUGAUACUUGUGUGAGUGAACGUGAGGAGGAGGCCCUGCCCAGCUUGUGGAGCAGCGUCAUAGACAGCAGCUGGAGGAGGACAGCCUGGCUCCUUUGGAGACAUGCAGCCUUCCAACAGCUGGAGCAGAUGCCACAGCAUCAGCUGGGCUUCUCAGAAUGGCUGCAUAAUGAGCUCAGAGUGCAGAGGAGUGAAGACGCCCUGUCCGACGCACAACGGCAGGAGUACGAGCAGUGGGCGUGCAUGGAGCUCUACCUGACGCUUCCUGAGGAGCAGGGAGGCUGUGGAGGAGACGUAAAGAACCUGUGUUCCAAGCUGCUCAACGCCGUCAUUAGCGUGCAUUUAAGGGACCCCAGCAUGGAGGGAGAGUCACAAACAGGAACCUGCUACCCGGACAUCCUGUCCAGAUUACAGGAGCUUGUUUACGAGAUGCAGCUCACCAAAGUCGGCGGCGGCCGUGGAAACGGAGCUGAUCUCUGUGACUUCCUGUUUGAGGUGCUGUCUCAGAGAUGCUCCUCCACAGCCAGCGUCAGCGCCGAGCUCAGCCUACAGUGCACCAUACACACAUGGAACAGAGUGCUGCUGGCUCUUCCUGCUGUGUUGUUCAUCAAAGUAAAGGCUGAGGCAGGGAGGACGACUCUGGACUGCAGCAGGCUCACAGAACACGUCAACACUCAUCAGAGGAAGGCGUGCUCUCCAUCCGGCUUCCUGCCCUUCCACAUAACGGCCCACUUUCUGAAAGGUCUGUUUUGUGCCAGUGUGCAGUGCAGACACCCCGAAGAAGAAGUCAACAGAGUCUGGUCUCAGAUGGGUGUCUGCUGUCCUCUGCUGUUGGUCUCCACAGUGCACUGGUGGCGCCACCUGUCGCCUCUUCUGGUGUCGCUGUGGCGCCGUCUGCGUGAUGCGGAGGCUCUGCCAGAGCAGCUGCAGCUCCUGUCGGACUGUCACAACUGGGCCUGCAGUUUGGAGAAAGGCCAGCUGAUCCAGACGCCUCCGGCCGCAGCCCUCCUGCUGGCGGCCAGCCUGCACCGUGCCUGGCGAGAGCGGGAGGGCAACCAGCAGAGUUUCACCGCGGCCCUGAACUCACUGCGGCCAGAGAGAGACGCCAAGCACAGACAGGUGCUCGUGUUUCUGCUCUUCCUGUGUGUGAACGACUACCUUUCAGCACUUCUGUAUCCUCAGGAGGAUAUUCAUAAAAAUGCCAAAGAUUUCUGUGCUGACCUCCUGACUGUGCUGGUGGACGCAGCUGAUUGGCUGCUCAUCCUCAAGCCAAACGGUGCCGCUCAAACAGAACCCAGCUUGCUGCUGCAGCAAAGUGCUGAUCUGCUUCAGAGGACUGCAGGAUGUCCAGGGUUCCUCCACGCCGCCGUCGCCUGCUACACCUCGAUGCUGCAGCUCUUCCUGGAGGGACGCACGCCGUCUGCGGGUCUCCCUGAGAAGCAGGUGGACGUGAGCUCUGCGCUGAACCCGCACUUAAAGACGAACGAAGACAAACCAAACGCCCACCCUGAGCUGCCCGUCUGCCAGCUGGAGCCCGCCCACAUCCUGGGGCUCACCAAACGCUUCCUUCUGAGUUUGAUCUCUCAGACGUCUCCGGCUACACUCACCUCCGCCCAGCUGAGACAGCUGGAGGCACAGUGCGCAGAGCUGGACCCCGAGCUGGCUGCAGCCCUGUCGCUGCAUCUGGACCCCCCCAGCCUCAGCCCCGAGAUGGACUUCCUCUGA